CCAAGGCCCUCCCUGCACGGGAUUCACAGGGCCGCUCCGCCCCUCCCGGGCAGAUUCGAGCUGGCCUUGGGAGAGGUUGCCCCGAUUCCACGAUCUGAGGACUCUGUACCUGCGGCUGAGACCAUGUCUAGCAAUGGGGCAGAUGGCCCGGCUGAAGCCCAGGCUGCUGUGGAGGAGCCUGUCAUGCAGCCCAGCGUGGUGGACCGCGUGGCCAGCCUGCCCCUCGUCAGCUCCACCUGUGGAAUGGUGAGCGCCGCCUACGCCUCCACCAAGGAGAGCCACCCCCACGUGAGGACGGUGUGCGAGGCGGCCGAGACGGGCGUCAAGAGCCUCACGGCGGCCGCGGUCAGUGGCGCACAGCCCAUCUUGUCCAAGCUGGAGCCCCAGAUCGCGUCGGCCAGCGAGUACGCGCACCGAGGGCUGGACAGACUGCAGGAAAGCCUGCCCAUCCUCCAGCAGCCCACUGAGAAGGUUCUGGCGGGCACCAAGGAGCUGGUGUCAUCCACGGUGUCUGGGGCCCGAGAACUGGUAUCCAACUCAGUGUCUAAUGCAAAGGACACGGUGGCCACCCGUGUCACGGGAGCAAUGGAUGUGACCCGUGGGGCCGUGCAGAGCAGCGUGGACAUGACCAAGUCGGCGGUGACCAGCGGCGUCCAGUCAGUCAUGGGCUCCCGAGUGGGACAGAUGGUGAUUAGUGGCGUAGACACGAUGCUGGUGAAGUCAGAGGCCUGGGCAGACAACCGCUUGCCCCUGACGGACGCAGAGCUAGCCCUGAUCGCCACGUCCCCGGAGGGCCUGGAUAUGGCCUCGCUGCAGCAGCAGAGACAGGAGCAGAACUACUUCGUACGGCUGGGCUCGCUGUCCGAGAGGCUGCGUCACCAUGCCUAUGAGCACUCCCUGGGCAAGCUCCGCAACGCCAGGCAGCACGCCCACGAGGCUCUGCAGCAGCUCACACAUGCCCUCAGCCUGAUGGAAUCUGUGAAACAGGGUGUGGACCAGAGGCUCGGGGAAGGGCAGGAGAAGCUGCAGCAGAUGUGGCUUAGCUGGAAUCAGAAGACGCCUCAGGAUGCCGAAAAGGACCCAGCCAAGCCAGAGCAGGUGGAGGCCCGGGCGCUCAGCAUGGUGAGGGACAUCGCCCAGCAGCUGCAGGGCACGAUUGAGGCACUGGGCGCCAGCAUCCAGGGCCUGCCCGGCCAUAUCAGGGAGCAGGCGCAGCAGGCCCACAGUCAGGUGGAUGACCUUCAGGCCACCUUCUCCAGCAUUCACUCUCUCCAGGAUCUCACAGCCAGCGUACUUGCCCAGACCCGGGAGCGAAUAGCCAGAGCCCGAGAGGCCCUUGACCACACUGUGGAGUAUGUGGCCCAGAACACUCCAGUCACGUGGUUGGUGGGCCCCUUCGCCCCUGGAAUCACUGAGAAAGCCCCGGAAGAGAAGAAGUAGGGAGAGGGAUCAGGGCCAGCACCUGGAUUGAGUCUGCUUUCCCAAUAGCCCUAUUGCCUAGCAGGUCCUCACCCGCUCUGAAUCUGAAGGAGAGCUGUGUUUAACCUGUCCGUGACAGGGUGAACAGGAAGUGGCUGAGGGCUGAGUGUCUGCUGUUCUCAGAUCCUGGGGCUCAAUAUUGUCCUAAUAAAUUUUCCAUGCAUCAGA